AUGGCGGAGUUCACUUCCUGGGAGUUUGAGGCGCUGGCAGUGAAACGAGACCCGGAGUCUGGCAUUCUGGAGGUUGCCCUCAACAGACCCAAGGCGCUGAACGCCUUCAACCGGGCCAUGUGGGUGGACCUGCGACGAUGCAUGGAGAUGGCGUCGGAUGAUCCAGAGACUCGUUGCGUGUUCCUCCAUGGCGGUGAGUCGCGGCUUUUCACUGCGGGCUUGGAUUUGAAGAGUGAGCUUGGUGGUUUCCCGACGGGCGAUGCCACCCUCGAUGUUAGCCGCAAAGCUUUUCGAAUGGAGCAGGUCAUCAAGCGAUGCCAAGAAGGCAUUUCCAGCCUGGAACGUUGUCGUAAGCCUGUGGUGGUGGCUCUGCACAGCGGCAUCGUGGGCGCCGGUGUGGAUUUAGCCAGCGCCUGUGACAUCCGCUACUGCACGGAGGAUGCUUGGUUCUCCAUCGCCGAGGUGAAUGUCGGCUUGGCCGCUGAUGUUGGGACCUUGCAGAGAUUGCCCAAAAUCGUCGGCAACGACUCCGUUGUCAGGGAGCUUGCUUUUACGGGACGACGAAUGGGCGCUGCUGAGGCGAAGGAGCUUGGCCUCGUUGGAAAGGUGCUGCCAACCCAAGAGGCAUGCCUGGCCGAAGCACGGAAAGUUGCGCUGGAAAUCGCCUCGAAAUCUCCAGUGGCGGUGGUUGGCACGAAAGUGAGUUUGAAUUACAGCCGGGACCACACGGUGCAGGAGGGCCUAGACCAUAUCCUCCAGUGGAAUUCCAUUCACCUCAUGUCGGAGGAUCUGAUGAAGGCUGCUCAAGCGACGAUCAUGAAGACGAAGCCACAGUUCUCUAAGCUCUAG